GCGCGGGGCCCCUUCCGGUGCCCUAGGGGAGCGCGGCUGAUGAAACGCUCCCGGCGGGGCCCGGAGACGAGGCCGCAGGGCGGCUCCGCCGAGGAGACCCGCUCGGGCGGGGCGCGGGAGGCGCGGGAGGCGGGCGCUGGGACGCCGGCACAGAGGCGCCUUGGCGCAGAAGGAGCCUCCGACCCUGCGCGUCCCCGGGCUGCGGCCAGUGGAGGUGGGACACUGCCCAGCAUGAACUGUACGCCCAGAAACAGGAAGUAGAAGCGGGAGCAGCUGCCUCUUGGCCAUGGCCUGUGAGCCUCCCACAGACCCUGGUGGGGCAGCUGGUCCCCUGCCCACCUCUAUCCUGGGCUGCAGCACCCUGCCUCAAAGGAGCCCUCCUGGCUGGGGUCAAGAGCUGCACAAUGGCCAGGUCCUCACAGUCCUCCGGAUCGACAAUACCUGUGCACCCGUCUCCUUUGACCUGGGAGCUGUAGAAGAGCAACUACAGGCCUGGGGCAUUCAGGUCCCUGCUGAGCAAUACAGGAACCUGGCUGAGAGUGCUCUCUUGGAGCCUCAGGUGAGGAGGUACAUCAUCUACAACUCGAGGCCCGUGCGGCUGGCCUUUGCUGUGGUGUUCUAUGUGGUGGUGUGGGCCAACAUCUACUCCACCAGCCAGAUGUUUGUCCUGGGCAGCCAGUGGGCAGGCGUGCUGCUUGCCACCCUGACCGCUGUCAGCCUGACCCUGACCCUUGUGCUGGUGUUUGAGAGACAGCAGAGGAAGGCUAACACUAACACAGACCUGAGGCUGAUGGCCGCCAAUGAAGCCCUUCUGAGACACCGGGUGCUGCUCGGGGUGACAGACACAGUGGAAGGAUGCCAGAGUGUGAUCCAGCUCUGGUUUGUCUAUUUCGACCUGGAGAGCUGUGUGCAGUUUUUGUCUGAUCAUAUUCAGGAAAUGAAGAGGAGCCAAGAGUCUGUGCUGAGAAACAAAUUAAGCCAGCUAUGUGUUGUCAUGGAGACAGGAGUGAGCCCUGUGGUGGAAGGGCCUGAGGACUUGGAGGAUGCCCCCCUGCUACCCAGCACUCCUGGUCCUCCGGAGAGACCACUCAUGCAGACUGAACUCUAUCAGCUUGUUCCGGAGGCUGAGCCGGAGGAGAUGGCCCGGCAGCUACUGGCAGUGUUUGGUGGCUACUACACUCGGCUCCUGGUGACCUCUCAGCUGCCCCAGCCAAUGGGAACCCGACAUACAGACUCUGCACAGGUCCCAUGCCCCUGUCAGCUCAUAGAAGCACACAUUCUGGGAACAGGAUGCUGCCCAUUCCUGGCCAGGUGACCUGUGGACAAAGACGUUCAUCUUCCUCUAAGAUUGAGAAGUCGGGGAGGAGUCAGGAGCCUGGCGUGGCUGACCCUGAGCUCGGAUGAGAUCAGCAUUUAGGGACACUUUGGAAGUGUCUGUCAUGUUGGUCAUGGGGUCCCCAAGUGCACACCAGAUGUCUUGUCAACAUCAUAUACUGUCCUGGCCUCGCUGAAUCUGGUGGCUGAGCUGGAUAGGGGCAAGGAGACCAGGGCUGGUGGUCAUCAGCAGGGGCACUUGGAAAAGAAGACCCUGUUGGUGCGACUCAGACUGAUCUUGUGGGCGACAUGCUGGCUUGUGUCAUGCUUCUGUCCUGCGUAGCAGCAGUGCUUCCUCACACUCCACUGUUCUGGAGUGAAGUGUGGUCAGACAUGCUGGGUUUGAGUAGAAAGCUCAGAGGCUCCCCAAGAGUUUGAAGACUGCCCACAGCCCCAUGUCUAAAGCCCUCAUUUGGUGUGAAGGUCCAGCUCCGAGUUCCAGCUUUGUGGUCUCUUCCAAGAAUCACCACCCUAAAUUGGAACUCUUCCCCAGACUGGCAGGGGCAGCUUUUGUGUCCCUUCUGCUGCUUUCCGUCAUUGAAAUUCCUCAUGGAACUGCCCCUAUUAUUGAUGUUUAUGUUAUUCCAGUUUUUCCUGUACAUACUUCUUUUUCUAUCGAGACUGUAAACUCCUCAGGGUCCAACACUGCACCUACCUUCCUUUUGUGAAUGACCUGGACUUACUUAAAACAAAAAUACUUCUGAAAAGUCCCAUGGAUCGGUUGCCUUAUCCUCUUCCCAGUUGUGGCAGAUGGUUCUGCAAACGUGGUUGAAUGAUAAGAUCCGGGUCGUGAUGGAGCAGAUUCUGGUCCUGAGCUGCGUGGCUGUGUUUGUCCACCCUCCACUUACCGGAUGGUCCUGGUCAUUCCCGGCGUAUUGUGCUGGUAUUCUUACCUCAGUGCCCACAGUGCUCCCAUAACCCCUGACCCCAAACUAAGGUGUCCUUGGUGAUAUGCCAUCUCAGGGAGCUCUGAUGUAGCUAGUAACCUGGAUUCUUGCACAUCUGCCGUCUCUAGGGCUGUGUGGCCAUGGCUGAGUGUUCUGCCUUCUCGGUGUGUCCACUGACUCCUUUUAGAGCCCUGUGGUGGACUGAAGUGGCACAAUGCGGGGACCUGCUGGUUAAGACACUUCCUACCUCUGCUUUUCCUGUGUCCAAGACGGAGGAGUCCCCAGCCAUAUCCUGGGGUAGCUUUGCUUAGUGGAAUUAUUCACGGCCUUUUGACCCACUGUGGGAAAUGUCCCUGAAUUUGAUCAGGAAAGCCUGUGCUUGUCAUCUGGGCACAGAACCCUUCAGUGUGAUGACGGAGAAUAAAACAGUUUGGUGAAUUACUGA